AUGGAUCGUUUUGUUGUUAGAAAAACUGUAAAAACUGCAACAAGAUCUUCUUUAUCUCCUACAGUAAUGAAAGAUUCUCUGUAUGUGAAAACAAACAUGUCAGCUUUAGACGAGUUUGAUCCUCAACCAGCUGUCUUUAAUUGGAUAAACAAAAAAAAAAGACAUUCUAAAAUGCAUACACAUGCAAUAAAACAGGAAUGGUAUCAAGGGGUUUUUGAAGAAGUCAAAGAAAAAUAUAAUUUAACAAAUAAUAUUGAACUUGGAAAAAUACUGUUUUAA